GUCGCUUUAUAAAGCUCAGACAGUCACGAUGCACAUCGUCUACGCUGAUUACAACGAUCAACUGAUCAGCCCCAGAAGCACAAAACAUCAUCAAGUGCGUUAUUCCAAACCACUCCUUUUGUUGUUUUCUUCUAUCCCGAAAUUUCAUAUACCAAUCGACUCUUACAUUAUUUCUAGAGGCAGCAGCAGUAUCUACAGUCAGCCACAGCAACCACUGCCCAUAUACGUCUAUUUUGGUCAUUUCCUUCUUCUCGCCCUAUGUCAAAUAAACGGACACUGUCAGAGGCCGGCAUCGUCUCGGAGAGCGCCAGCAACACCAGCGCCAACGUCAACGCCGACAACAGAGCUGGCAGCAGUGGGUCAGUCGAGCCAUACACCAGCUACUUUGAGGCGCACUCCGUGCUGGUGGCCCUGAAAAACACACACAGCGAAGACAGCGUGUUAAUCGCCGGCAGGCGGGCGCUUUUGACAGCAAAAACAACAACACUGCCCGGCGCAGUCCAGCAAGUAGCCGUGCGACUAAUGGCACAGCUAUGCGCACAUCCAGUGAUAGACUCAGUGAGAGCCGUUUGCGGGCUGGUGCACGCACUGGACGCGGCAGACGAAUCUGUCCGGUGCGAGAUCUACCAGACCCUGGCCACACUGCACGAGCUCAAGGGAAUAUUCGCAUCGGUGCCCAUUCCCGCAGACACAAAGAUCGUGCUGGACGCGGCCAUUCUCAGCGAUCUGAAUCACUCACAACACCGCUUGCGCUGCAGCUCGCUGGCGAUCCUACCAAUGGUCAAGCCGCAGGACAGACAUGCGAUUGCAGUCGAUGUGUUCGACAUAGUCUGCAAGUACACGACUGACGCGCACCCGAAGGUGCGGCAAACGGCGCUGUAUGCGAUUCUGCGCGAGUACAUGAUGGGCGUCGAGCUGCCAGUCGAAAUGUACGACGAGUGCGUUGUGGCGACUAAGGACGAUUUCGAGCAGGUGCGGCUGGUCGCGGUCGAGCUCAUCUGGGCGAUCAGCAGCGCGUACCCGGAGUACCCCGUGGUGAUCCAGAAGUACAAGGUGUCAGACUCCAUCCGGCUUCUCGAUGACGCGUUCGUCAAGAUCUGCGAUAUGGUCAACGACAGCUCGGUUGUUGUGCGGCAGCGUGCCUGCACGAUCCUCGGCCGCUUCAAAAAUGUUGACAACAAGUUUUUAUCGCAGACAUUCAGCAAACAGGUCAUGUCUAAUUUGCGCCGGUUUGUGCCCCGUGGCGGCCAUUCGAGCGGAUAUCGCGGGCGCAACACCGGCGUGAGGGGCGGCAAGUCUCGCGGCUUUAUUCCGACGCCCCAGGGCGACGCCGAUGUAGAGUCGGAGGAGUUUAGGCUUUUGGAUUCGGGAGCCGCCGGCGCCUUUGUCCAUGGCCUGGAGGAUGAGUACCAGGAGGUGCGCGAUGCCGCGAUCGAGUCCAUCACGGAGUUGAGCAUUGCCAGCACUGGGUUUGCCGCAAAGUCCGUCGACUUUCUGGUCGACAUGUUUAACGACAGCAGCGACCGCGUGCGCCUAUGUGCUAUUCGAGCACUGGUUGCCAUUGGCGAGCGGGCGCUGAUCAGGCUGACGGACGAGCAGUUGUCCAUUGUGCUGUCAGCGAUGAAGGACUCGAGCCAUAUUAUGCGUGAGGGCAUCUACGCGUUCCUUGCUGUUUCUACGCUGACAAAGUCCGACUGUCUGGCGCAGCUGAUGGCGGCAUUCAAGGUCAGCCUUGACAAGUACUCUGAGGAUCAAAUGCACAUAUACCGGGUACUUGGGGCGCUUGGCCGCAACCACUCAGAGAUGAUCGACUCUGCCUUUGUGCGCUCGCUGCUGGGAAUUAGCGAGCACUAUCUAAGCCGCGAAGCUCGCAUCGACGACAUUAUCUACGCGGGAAACGUUAUUCUCAUAUUCAAUACCAGCCGCACUAAUCGCCAAAGACUGGCGUCGGUGUUGCCGGACUACGUGUACAACCACUUACCGUAUUUGCGUGACAAAUACCGCGACUGCCUGCCGGGAAACGUUGCCGAGUCCGUGCCGGAGAGGCUGGGCUUUGUCAGGCAGAUGCUCGAGCGCCCGCACGUCGACAAAUCCGUAGCGCGGCUUUCGCUCGAGGCCUGCCAGCACCUAGCCUCCGCGUCUUUCGCAAGCAUCCAAGAGGCAUUGGCGCUAGUGUGCAUUGCUCCCAAUAACCCUUCGUUGUUUGCAGGCGACGGUCCGUCGAGCAGAAUGGAGAGCAGCGAGGCCACACUCAAGCGGCACAUCAAAGAGUUUGGCCAGCUUGGUCGGGAUAUAAAAGAAACCGACAUGUCGGUACACCACAGCAGGCAGGCCGUGGUGCACUAUGCGCGCAUUGUCAGCGAUAUGUUGAGAGCGCAGCAGCUGGCAGACAAUAUGCUCCAGCGACCAGCCAUACUCGAGCUCACAUCCUCCAUCAUGUACGGCUCCUACGAGAUCGAGGCGCGCACAUUGGGGCUCGAUCUGGACUCUCGACUUGCUCUCAUCUACAUACGCCUUUUCGCCCACGCGUGCUGGAUUAAUGCCCACCAGAUGUCGCAGUAUGACCCACGCCUGGUUGAGAAGAUAUACGAGGAGUUUGUGCAGCGUAUACGACGCAUGGAAAGCCUAGCCCAGGGUCGAUCUGCCAGUAUCUCUGGGCUCAUAUCUUUGGCGCAGCACGUCAGAGAGCACACGGUGGCCCGGCAGGGAAUCCAACAGUUUGUCAUUCGCUUCAAGCCUCUUUUAUUUGCGCCCGCGACCGGUCGCUGCCAGCACGCAUCAGCCAGGAUAUCGAAAACGGCAGUUGCGCGGCGAACCAUCGAGUUCAACCACUUGUUCCCGCUCAAUCUCCAGAUGCACGCAUCUUUGUCAUGGGUUGCGCACCAGCACAAUGUCCUGGUUACUGUUAGUUUACCCACUCAGACGGUUGUUUCGUUCCGCCCGCCCGUUGGCACAUUGAAGCCGUUGUCGCCGAUGCAUUGGCAGCUCGAGUGGGAUUCGGUGCCGGUCUCGUUGCCGCUGGGUUCGGGCGAGAGCACAGCGGUUACGCUGGCUGUUGCGCUACAGCAGAGGGCGGACUCGCCGUGGUCUGACGCGUUUAUCGUCAGGGGCGACUCGGUGCCAGUUGCUUACAAGCCUGAGGCCUAUUACAAAGCUAUGGCUGGCAAUGCAAUGCGGUAUGUCAACGUGAAGAUUGUCGACGAGGGAUACUCGGUGAGCCUGAAUCCUGUCGAGUUCCGGCCGGUGGCAUCUGCCCACACUCGUGCAUAGUAAAUAAAUAGUUGGAUAAGUAAAUAAAUGGGUUUGAAAG